AUGCCAAUUGCGAUCGACCUGAGCCUCGCGGAGCUCGAGAAUGCGGGAGCACGAUCUGCACUCCAAGCAUUGGGUAAAAGGCCAAUGAUUGCAGGGAGCCGGUGGACCCUACGCGCCCAGGUGGAAGACACGAUCGGGCUAUUCCCGCAUACGGAGACUUGGGCGGGUUACUUUGCCGACGUUCACAAUCUCAAGCUCGGAAGGAUGGACGGUGUCUCGUUCCGAGAACGUUGGGAGUUGCGGGAAAAUGUGUGGAGCAAGGUGUUGGGACGGCUUGCUCCUGCUAUCGAUGAACCGUUCCCCACCCUGGUCGAAGCGGACUUCAGAGCGAAACUCAAACGUUACUUAGUUGAGUUUCAUUACCGCAACCUGGAUAGCGAUGAAGACGGUCAAGCUUGGCAAGUAGAGUCGACCUCGUUGCAGGAGGACUUUGCAUGGUCGAAGCCAGCCGGGCUCAAGGAAGUUGAUGUGCGCAACGUGUUGGCUGUGCGGGAAGCGAGGGAAAAGGAGCGGGAAAAGUGGGAGGCCGAGAAAUUUGGUAGUGAGGUGCAAAGCAAUGCAGACCUGCACAGCCAAGACGGCGAUGACUUUGGCGGCGGUGACUUUGGAAACGAUUUCCCUAGUCGUAGCGGCAAAAGCGAUGGGGAUAGCGACGGCGAGAGCGGGAACGAUGAUGGUCCCGAUCGAAAGGGUUUGAAGCGUGAGGGAGCUUCGCCUAACGAGGGGGGCGACGACGACGACGAGGAGGAGGGGAACAACAACGACGACGACGACGAGGACGAGGAGGACGAGGAGGACGAGGAGGACGAGGAGGACGAGGAGGACCAGGGAGAAUCGACGCGACGGCGUGUCCCCCCGAUGUUGUUGAAGUACGUCAAGUGUACCGGAGUUCAAUGGCAGGAUCUGCACAAGCAGAAAAAGCGGACGGUCGAAUGGCUUGCGGAGCAGGACGACGAAUGGCUGCCGGCAGAGAUGAUUACGGGAAGCAAGAAUCGCGAUGCUCAGGCGGCUCGAAACGCUCGAGCGCAGGUGUGGAACAAUUUCCACGAUGCAAUCCGGACCAAGAUGACCGACGCGGCACUGAAAUCUGGAACGUUGUCCGUAACUCUCUGCGCUCGACCUCGAUUCAAGGAUGGGAAGGGAGACGUCAUUGUCUUUACAUCUCCUGGCCUACCGGAUCCGGACAGCGAGUACUGGAAGCCGAUGAUCGAUGAGUUCUGGGAAGUCGCUUGCGUGGAAGCCGAGGACAUGGCGGUGAGGAUCGAAGGGAAAGAUGCUCGUUUCCCGGUUGCAAAGGAGGGCAAGAAGAAGGAGAAGAACAGCGGGAAAGCCAAAAAGACGUAG